GCAGAGACCUCCCCGUCGAGGGGGGGCGAUGUUCCCCUCGCCCGUGGGCUCUUCGGGCAGCCAGGGCAUCCCGCCGCUGGGACCCGGACCCCCGCAGUGGGCAGCCCCCCGGGCGGCUCCAUGGAGACUCUGUGCCCCGCUCCCCGCCUCGCAGUGCCGGCGUCCCCGCGAGGGUCGCCCUGCUCUCCCGCACCCCGGAAGCCGCGUCGGGGGACCCAGGAGUUCACUCCGCUGUGCCUGCGCGCCCUCGCCUUCUGCGCCCUCGCCAAGCCCCGGGCGUCCUCGCUCGGCCUGGGCCCCGCGGAGCUGGCGCCGCGGCCCCCGGGGCUGCCGGGCCCUCACGCCCCCCUGUGCACCGGCGCCCGGGCCCCGGAUGGCCUGAAGCACCUCGCGGGGCCCCGGGCCUGCGGCCCGAGCUGCCCGGCCGAGCAGGACGCCGACGCCGCAGCGCCGCGGGGCCGCGACGAGGAGGAAGCGGGCGGAGGCGGUUUCCCGCACUUCGGCGCCCGCUGCGGCGAGUCUCCCGGCCACUGCCCGGAGCCCCGGCGUCCUCGGGAGCCUCCAGACAGCCCCGCCCCGGCCCCGGCUCUGGACUCCCAGCCCGGCCCCGCCGCCAGCCCGCGCCAGCAGGCCGGUUCUCCGCCGCCACCUGCGGGCCUCGCUGCCGAGCCCGGGGAGCCGCCCCCGUCCGCCGCGGAGGAUGCAGACCCGGCGGAGGCCGCGACCUCCUCGACGGCCGCGCCCAGCGAUCACCGCCAGGAACAUUUCGAUCGUCUGAUCCGCCGGUCGAAACUCUGGUGUUACGCGAAGGGCUUCGCCCUCGACACCCCCAGUUUGCGCCGGGGGUCGGAGCGGCCGGCGGCCAAGGGCCCCGCGCGGGGAGCCGCCAAGAAGCGCCGGCGCCCGGCACCCCCGCGGCGCAGCGCGCAGCCCCGCCGCCCCGCGCCCACGCUCCCCACCAGCAGCACCUUCAGCCUCCUCGACUGCUUCCCCUGCCCCCCGGCCCUGGUGGUGGGGGACGACGGAGACCUCGGGCCGGCGUCUUCGCUUCGCCUCCAGGGAGACUCCAAGCCGCCGCCUGCCCACCCGCUGUGGAGGUGGCAGAUCGGGGGCCCCGCCGUCCCCGAGCCCCCCGGCCUCAAGUUCUGGGGGAUCAACUUGGAGGAGCUGUGAGCGCGAGACCUUCUGCCAAGUGGGAAACUUCGGGGCCACGCUGCGGGCUGGGGCACGGAGCCUGGUUUCUUACCAGGCCCUUCGCUCUGGAGGGGCUGUGUCCUGAGGGUCUUCGGAUGACAGUGAUCUUCAAGCACCUAGCUGGUUGGUGUGGCACCCUCUCCUCUUUUGGAAGACGAACCCAAAAGGACAGAAAGGCGUAAGGACAGACUCCAUGCCUCCCCUGUCCAUCUGGGAUCUCUGGUGGCAGGGCCUUCACCACAGGGGGAUCCCGAGAUGCUACUGCUCAAAGACACGGAAAAAAAAAGAGGGACCUUGCUGAUGGACCAACCGCAUGUUUCUGAGGGCAAGCUUGGGACUUGGGGGGUGGUGGAGCUCUGGUGGGGGUGAGGAGGUGAUUGACAGCCCCCUGGGGGCAUCCCCACCCCCAUCACCUACGCUUUUAACCCUUUACUCCCCCCAGUCUUUAACCCAAGGUCUUCUGAGCCCUAGGGCAGGGGGCGGGCUGGGCAAAGGGGAGAUCACCACCCCCAUUUGUUCUUUUCCUAAGACCCCCAACUAGGUCAGGAGACCCCGAGCUGGGGAGCACUUGGGUUUUAGCCACCAGCUUUUCAUUUUUGGCCGACUUUGGUGUGUCUCCCCCUCCUCAAUUUUUCCCAGUUUGUUUUCAGUUUUGAAGGUGCGGAUGGGACAGAGAAGACCACCCCCUUUGCUUCGUCGGCCUUUUCCAGCUCACUCCUGUAUUAGGAGGGGCAGGAGUGAGGGACCUCCCAAGUGUAAACUGCUGGGGAGAGCCAGAGACUACUAGGGAGAGUAAUGAGAGAUGAAGUCAGUACACCCAGACUAAAUAAGUUGCUUUUCCGGCUCCUCUCCACUCCUGUAUGGACUGGAGAGGUGGGGCUAGAAGCUAGGCCUGUGUCCAGUCCUUGAUCAAAAAGGCAAAGGCAACCUCCUGAAAGAGUUGUUGCAAGGCAAGUUGCUUUCUGUGGCUGGGGCUUAUGAAAAGGCCCUGGGCCACCCCCCACUCCCCAAGGGUCCGGUGGGAUUUGAAGAGACAAAACAUGUUGGGAUGGGGACUGUGUUGGAGGACUUUCAGCCACCCCUUUCUGUCCCCCACCCCCAAACUUAAGGCAGUUCUGGAGUUGUCAGGAACCUGAUGGAUCCGAAGGGGGCAGGGCCUGGGGGAUUAGUUUGGAGGUCAGAGGUUCUGUUUUCAAGGGGGGAGGGGAGGGAUAGGCCUGGACCCCGCCCUCUGUCCCCUGGAGUCUGAGAGGCCAGGCUGCUCUCCUCCCAGGUGAGGUUGGGGAAGGUUAGCCUUGGGAGACUCCAAGCUUGGGUGUGGGGAGAGUUUGGGGCUUGCGGAUGGACCCAACUGAGGGACCCAGUGAGCCUUCUGCCCACACUAGUGAAUAGCAUCCUCUUCUCCCCGAAAGAGUGGGGCUAAGGAGGGAACAGUUCCCAUAUACGAUACUGGGGAAGGACUCGUCUCCUUUUCUGUGAAAAUGCUUUGUAAAAAAUUGUUAUUGUUUGCAUAGAACGGAUUGAGAAAAACUGUUUUGGAUGACAAAAGUUUUGUUUGUUUGAAAAACUGUCUCCUGAAUU